ACAGGGUCCUUGGUUGAAGGACCCCGCGGAGAAGUAAACAAGACGAUGUAUGCUAGCGUCAAUUAACCUACAUCAUCGAUUUAGUCAAACUAAUUUAACUCCACUGUGCACUUUAUCACGGCAGGAUGGCAGAGGACAAUGAACUGGAAAAGCGAGCAGUGGAGGAGCUCCUGAAGGAGACUGACAGGGCCCGAGUGAGAGCAGAGACCAUGGGCCCUGCAGGAUGGUUGAAGUGUCCCCUGCGGAGCACCAACAAGCGCUUCCUCCUCAACACCCUGCGCUCCACCAGCCUGCAGCGGCGCACCGGUGAGCCCAAGCACGGACACUCCACCAAGAGAGGGCGCCUGAGAAGCGAGUCCCCGCACAGAAGCCGCGACCGCAGCAGAACACCCCCCAGAGAUCACAGGAGCAAAGGAGGCCACACGGACCAUAAACACCAUCACAGGGACAGCUGCAAUAACAAAGAUAAGAAGCAGGACAGAGACGAAGACAGGAGUUACAGGCACAAAGACAACAGAGACCGGAGACAUGGGAGAAAUGGCCGAGACAGAGACAAAGACAGACUUCAUGAAUAAAGACUUCUGUCCAGGGGAGGAACUCUGGUUUUACAGAGGCCACUCCCUGUACAGGCAGCCCAGAGGUGGACACUACUGAAACUGCUCUCUGACUGGCUAACGCACCUCACAGACUUGCUGCUGGCAGACUGAAGAGACAUUUGUCCAGCUGAUGGAGAGUGUUCUUCUUAGAUAGUAGAUUACUGACACUUUUAUUUACAGCCAUUUUUAUAGUUCGUGAGGUUCAUUUGGUUCCCUUAAACUGGUAAUGAAGCCAGCAGCCAAGAUGAUAUCUUUCCUUCUGAUUUUACACUUAAGAUAAGUGAAUAAACAAGUGGCCAUUUUAGUCCAGGAAAUCCCAAGGAACUUUUUUUAGACACAUGUUCACGCCACAUGACUCAUGGUUUGGUGUAAUUCUGUUUCACCUACAGUAGAGGAGGUUUGAUUCCAAUUAAAGUGUCAUUACCAU